AUGCUGAAAUAUUCUAAAAUCAAGCAGUCUGAGUUAAGCCACGCUAGUGUGUGGGCGGCCUGUAUGACAGCUUUUUCCGGCUUUCUACGACCAGUCAGUUUCCUCUGUGCGUCACAAACAAUGCUUAAGGGUUAUAAGUCUCGUAUAUCCGGUCAUUCCUUCCGAAGGGGAAAGGCCACAUGUGCCUUUGCUUCAGGUGUACCGGGUGAGGGGAGCCUUGGUUUCUGGAAAGUGACUCUUGUCUGA